CACACCUUGACUGAUACCGCCGCCAACGCUGUGAAUCAUGAUUCGUCUCUUAUCAUCGCUGUGUUAGCAUGGCCUCCGAGGUUGGCGGAGAUGCAGAGCGGUCACGCAGUCCGGAGCUCGAAUCUUCAAGGCAACUACACCUCCGCGAAAGAAUUCCAAUGCGUGUCGUGCUUGUAGACUCCAAAAGGCUCGCUGCGAGAGCGACGAAGGUGCACCUUGUCGACGUUGCAAAGCCAAUGGUAGGGACUGCAUCUUUGAUGAUUGUUCACCAAGAAACGAGACCUACGUGCAGAUGAGCGUGCUCGUUCAUUAACGAAGAAGCCAAGAUACGUUGAGCUGGAGGACGACAUAAGUACCCUGAGACGCGAGGUCGACGGCUUGGUGGCGAGUCGGCAAAGUAAGACCCCCGGCGUAGAAGUACCAUCUGAACCAACGCCCCUACGUGAUGUUGGAGGGCGAGCCUGGUCCUCCGAUGGCGUUGAUCGUUCGGAAAACAACCAGCACCUGCACGUUGCUGAGUCCGUGGGCGACACGACUCGCGAGUACGACCUCAAUCUUUGCCAACUCAAUGCCCCGAUCACGGCAAUACAUGCGAUGACCCCGUCUUUCACGACAACCGUCUCGCCUUGUAAAUGAAUCCCAGAGCAAUCAUCACCUGCACAAGCCACAGGCUAUGGCUCUUGUCAGAGCGCCUUCAUCCAACCGGAAGUCCACCGAUCUUAUGCCGAUGUCAUCUCCCGUGGCAUGCUCAGCGAGUCCAGCGCGCGAGACGCCUUCCACCUUUACAUGACUGGAGCCAAUGCUUUCCUUCCACUAUUUGACCCGAUUGUGGACACCUUCGAGGCGGUCCGCCAAAGCUCGACGUUUUGCUUGACGGUUAUUCUUGCCAUCGCCCUCAGUGUAGACCGAGCUCGUCCCAGCUCCGAGAAACUGCGCGACCAUACCCACGCUGAAGCAUGCCAUCUUGCCGCAAAAAGUCUCUUCAUGGCUUCACCCAGGCUGGAAACCGUCCAGGCUAUGGUUCUACUUGCUGCCUAUUCCGAAAAGAAUUGGGUGCGAUUUGUCACGCGCGCCAGAUGGGUCAGGAAAUAAGUUUCGAUAAGCUUCUCUCUGAAAUGUCAGAUGAGCCGCGGCAGAGCCGCAGCAGCGCCGCGUUGACGAUGGCAGAAUCUCUGGUCGCCACUAGAUCCACGUUGGCAGCAUAGCCAUACGUGGUUGCUUUCCCGAUCACGUCGAAGGUGUCCUACAGAAAGCCAUCGGGCCG